CUCCUUUACACCAAGAUAGGGGGAAAAGACUGAAUAAAAGGAAACCGUGCCAGUGAGCUUGUAAUGACCAGAAAACCCUGCGGAAGAGCCCAGAGCUGCCGCCAUUGGAUAUUCUGCCCGUUUUCUUAUUAUUCCCAUGCGUUCCUCGCUGUGGAUUAUUGUGUUUGGCACCGGGGCGGACGGAAUGGAUAAGGCCAUGGCCCUAACAUAUUGAAUAGCUCGCUGGUGGUGGGGGGGGGAGGCGAGACGCGCACCGUGGAGACAAUUCAUGGGGCAUUGUGCGGGGAGGAAAAUGGUGGAUUAUUUACACUGUAUCACAAAAACCUUCCCCCGUCUGGAUCUCCUACCAUAAGACACUGUUUGCUGGCAUUUCUGCGCCUGCCUUAGCCGUGUCUAUAGUAACUGAGGUCGUGUUAUAGCGGUUGGUAGGUAGGUACCCCCCCUCCCCCCUCCCCCCUCCCCACUCCAGCUCGAUCCGAACGACCUUAUCCAUUUUUUAUUUUUCAUAUACAUGUAGGAUCUUGUGUCGUUGGUUGCGAGGCGUUCACUCUCCCAUCCCUGAGAGUAACAUUUGGAAACAAUAAACUGUUGGAUUACCUAACUAUGGAUUUCAACAGCGGCAGCGGCGGCGGGGGCAACGAGCUGCACAACAACCAGUUUUAUCAGUGCGAGGAGAACAAGCCUCUGCUGGGGGAGAUGUCGGAGGGGAAUAAUAACACCAAGCUGGGCGCAGGGCCGUGCAAGAGGUCCCUGCACCACUGCAGCAGCAGCGGGAUGCGAUACAAGCUGCUCCACGAGGGGGACAUCCAGGUGUGCGUGGUCAAACACCCCCGCACCUUCCUCAGCAAGAUCCUCACCUCCAAGUUCCUGCGGAGAUGGGAGCCGCACCACCUCACGCUCACAGACAGCAGCCUGAUCUCGGCCACCCCCACCGGUUACAUGGAGACAUCAUUGUCCUACAGCUCCAUAGAGGACCUGCAGCUCCUCUCAUGGGACAAUGCUCCAAAGUACUGUGUCCAGCUCAGCUUCCCUGGUGGCACCGUCCUGCUGCAGGCUGCAAACAGCUACUUAAGGGACCAAUGGUUUCACUCACUGCAGUGGAAGAAAAAGAUCUACAAAUACCGCAAGGUCCUGAACAAUCCGAGCCGCUGGGAUGUGGUGCUGAAGGAGAUCAGAGCGCUGGUGGACAUGGCUCUGACCUCACCGCUGCAGGACGAGUCCAUCCACCAGGCUCCACUGCACAUCAUCUCCACCCUGCUGGCUGAGAACUCUAAUCUCAGCACUCAGGAUCAUGAGAACAUCAUAGUGGCCAUUGCUCCUCUUCUGGAAAACAACCACCCACCACCUGACCUGUGUGAGUUCUUCUGUAAGCACUGUCGGGAGCGGCCACGGUCGAUGGUCGUGAUUGAAGUGUUCACUCCUGUGGUCCAGAGAAUCCUCAAACAUAACAUGGAUUUUGGAAAGUGCCCUCGACUGCGUCUCUUCACUCAGGAGUAUAUCCUGGCUCUCAACGAGCUGAAUGCUGGGAUGGAGGUCGUGAAGAAGUUUGUCCACAGCAUGCACGGGCCAACAGGGCAGUGCCCUCACCCACGUGUCCUGCCAAACCUGGUGGCAGUGUGUCUCGCUGCGAUUUAUUCCUGUUAUGAGGAGUUCAUCAACAGUCGGGACAACUCCCCCAGCCUGAAGGAGAUCAGAAACGGCUGCCAGCAGCAGAACGACCGCAAGCCCCCGAUGCCGCUCCGCCUGCUGCGCCCCGAGCCUCCUACGCCGCCUCCUACCACCAUCCUCCCCCUCUCCGCCAACCCCAGUACCCCUCAGCCCCCUCUCCCCGCCCCCUCAAACCCCACCCCAUCCAUUCCCAUCUCCUCCCCAACGCCCUCCCUGCCCCUCUCCCCUCCUCCCUCCGUUGUCAACUCCAGCGAGAUCCUGGUGGAGCUGGAGCGAAACAACAACUCGGCCAACGCCAGGCGGAAGGGCGGACCAUCGGGGGGUGACAGCGAACCCAACCUCAUCGACUGUCUGCUGGUCAGCCCGGCCGUCAACACUCUGUCCAUCCAGCUGCCAGCACAGGCCGACCGAGUGCUGGGCUGCUUCGCUCUCAUCCUCAAGAUGCUGUCGGACUAUGAUGACUGGAGACCUGCUCUGGCCAGCCUGCUGCAGCCCAUCCCCUUCCCUAAAGAGGCCCUUGCACAUGCCAAAUUCACAAAGGAACUGAAAUAUGUUAUUCAGAGGUUUGCGGAGGACCCGAGGCAGGAGGUCCAUUCCUGCCUACUCAGUGUGCGUUCAGGUAAAGAUGGCUGGUUCCAGCUCUACAGUCCAGGAGGUGUUGCUUGUGAUGAUGAUGGAGAGCUGUUUGCCAGUAUGGUUCAUAUCUUGAUGGGCUCCUGCUAUAAGACCAAGAAGUUCCUGCUCUCUCUGGCUGAAAACAAGCUGGGUCCCUGCAUGCUGCUGGCCCUACGUGGAAACCAGACCAUGGUGGAGAUCCUGUGUCUGAUGCUGGAGUACAACAUCAUUGAGAACAAAGACACUCAGCUGCAGAUCAUCUCCACCCUGGAGAGCACCCAGGUGGGCCUCCGCAUGUACGAGCAGCUCUGCGACCGACAGAGAGAGCUCAAAGAACUGCAAAGGAAAGGAGGCCCCACCCGGCUGACUCUGCCCUCAAAGUCCACGGAUGCGGACCUGGCCCGCCUGUUGAGUUCAGGUUCUUUUGGGAACUUGGAGAACCUGAGCCUGGCCUUCACCAACGUCACCAGUGCCUGUGCCGAGCAGCUCAUCAAGCUGCCUUCACUCAAACAGCUCAACCUCUGGUCCACACAGUUUGGGGAUGCAGGGUUGAGGUUGUUAUCUGAGCAUCUGGCCUGUCUUCAGGUUUUGAACCUGUGUGAGACUCCUGUCACUGAUGCUGGUCUGCUGGCUCUCAGUUCCAUGAAGAGCCUGUGCAGUCUGAAUAUGAACAGCACCAAGCUCACAGCUGACACAUAUGAGGACCUCAAGGCCAAACUUCCCAACCUGAAAGACGUGGAUGUUCGGUACACAGAGGCCUGGUGAUCAACCAUGCUCACAUACCCCUCAUACACAACCAGACACACACAUAAACAUAUGCACACACUGCACACAGGCUCAGAUACAUAACAUGAAAAUUGUGUGGUGAUGUCAUCUCCAUCGUCGCCAUCAUUAGACCAGGAACUCCUGACAUCACCCCAGCGUGAGGAUCACCUGAGGUCACUAGAACGUCACUGACACUUUUACGUCAGAGGAGGAGCCUUCAUCAGCUUCUGACGUCAUCACUAACCCCUGUAGUGACGCCAUGACCAGGAAAGAACUGUCUACUCUGCUUCAGCAUCACUUUUUUCUAAAUGAGAAAUCUUUAUGGACCUCGCUGCUUCCCUUACUUCUGUCACAGAUGUUCCAAGGACCUUGUUUUUACAGACAUGAGGGCAUCAGAGGACAUGCAAGGACCCACUAUGUUGUGACAUAAGGGACCCUUUUCUCUCUCUCUUUAUCCUUUGCCCUGUCUUUCAUAUAUGAUCUCUGUUUUCAUAUUAAGUCCUUAAGUCCAGCUCCCCAGCCGUUGCCCUCCCACCUCAGUGUGUCUGUGUCAUGAGGAAAACCUGAAUCAAACCCUCUCCCCUCAGAGCCUUCCUCUCUUUUUCUCUUGUGCAAUGAAGGCUGGAUACUGCAGCUCACAUUCCAGUUCUUCUCUGAUCUGAUCCACAAUGUAGCUCUCCAAACAGACAUGUUGAACUGUUAAUUACUUCAGUCCUCACUCUCGUGCUCUUUGGCUUCAGUUUUCAGGUUCAAAUUCCAGUCUUUUCAAGUCUUUCAUUGGGAAAAUGAGGUGCUACCUCUGAGAAAAGGAAGAGUUGCAAGACUGUGCCUAUUCCUCAUACACGACACGUUCACACACAAAAAGGAAAAAAAAAAGGUUUUUAUCAACUUGAAUGAACAUAUUUUUCCAAACAUCUGUGCUUUCAUAUAUUGUGUGUUUCUAUAUAAAACAUAUAUAUGAAGAUAAGCCCCAGUGAUGACAUUUCAGAAACAUUUCGGGAGCUCUGCAGGAAAGUUAAACAACGAUGGCAACAUUUGUUUGUUUUUCAUUUGUUUUCAGUGUAUAUGCUGAUGAUCUCCCAUUACUAUUUAAUAGGACAGUUGUGUAGCAGUAGUUGGGCGGUCUGGGACUGCCUAAUAUUUAUAAGUUGUGUCUUUAAAGCCUCCUUUACUCUGUCUCUCCUGGAUUUUGUCCUGGCAGUAAUGAAGUACACAGGUCCUGUUGUCAUUUUUUGCAACAUAUAACACAAGAAGCCAACCAAGAGGGUGCCCAUACAUGGAUCACUCUGUACCAUGCCAUGGUGGUAAUGUAGACCUGUAAAGUGGAUUGCGGUAAUUCUAAAGUGGACCCAUAAACAAGACCCAUCACCAGCUGAGAGUUGUAUAUUUUCAUAUCCUGUGCUAUUUUUUGGCUCUGUUUGAGACGGUUUUGAAAAGAAGAAAAGACACUUGCCAAACAUCUGUAUCGACUUUACUUUUAGUUUUGUGCACUUGUUUCAUCAGGCCCACCUGAGCGUGGUUUCUAUACUGAUUGAUGUAUCAAGUGGAACCUGUCCUGUGGAGAGACCCUGACACUGUUUGGGUUCACGUCUCUGGCCCCCACCUGCAGAGGUCAGAGUGAAGAGUGGCAGUGCCUCUAGUGGAGCUGUGGAUGAGUUGCCUAUUGUCAUCUUUUUAUCUGUCACACCACCUGUUUUGAAUUGUUCUGCUGUAUUUAUAUUAUGCCAUAAUACAUGGGUGACAUUUUUAGGCUUUAUGGAUGAAUAAUUCUCAUCAGAGGAUGGGACAAAAUUAGUGUACAUAUUCUAUCACAAUGGGCUACAAGGGACAAAAGGUUGGAAAAAGGCACCUUUCAGCCAUAUUUGCCUGUCUACAUUCCCUCAAAAUGUUGCCUGUUUAUUGUGUCAACAUUUCAUAUGAUGAGGUAACUGCCCUGAAAACUAUUUUUCCUCUCUGUCUAGACGUGAUUUGGGUUGCUUUGUCUUGUGUCAGUCGCCCUAGAAAACACAAGACAAGUCAGAUUUCCACCCUUUCCAGUCAGCCUCACUCUGACUGCAUCCAUCCAUUUUAUUUAUUCAUUUCGACCUCCAGAAUGCUCCGAAUGUUUGUUGAAUCAAGGCAGAAGCUGCAGCAGAGGACAGGAUACCGUCCACUAUGAGAUGCUUUGUUUUCUAUUUAUUGGGUGCCAUGGCAGUUUCCUGUUUGGCCUGUAGACUCGGUUUGUGUAUGGCCCUCUUUGGGUCUGGCUUUAGGACCUUGUGCUCUCUUUCAUAUCCUGUAUGAUGUAUAUACGAGUGUAUAUAGUCAUCUCCUCCCUUUCUCUCUUUGAACCCCUUUUUUUCUUCAUCUUUUCUGUAUUUCUCUCGGCCUGCCUUCAUCGGCAGGCUGGUGUUGCCUUCAUCUUAAUGUGUGUGUGGUUGUUUUUUUUCACACAAAGUGCACUAUAAUAUAACAAAUUCUGUUUUCAUAAUAUCUUUUAAGUUUCCAACGUCUUUGAUUUGAUCACUUUAAUCAAACAUUUGUUUCCAGUGUUCUUGUUUUUUUGCAUGUACAUGUUGCUGCAUCAUCUGAUAUUUUUAUUUUGUCAUUUAGUUUUAUAAAAGGUUUGAAAUAUGAUAAAGGGUCUGAUCACUAUCUCACUGAGGUUAGGGACUGAAAUGGAGAGAUCCCAUCUAACUAUUUUCUGAUUGGUUGUUGCCAGGAUCUACCCUUGACAGAUAUUGGUCGAGGCAGUUUGGGUUUGAUUGAUAUUGAUUUUUUAAAAAGACAAUACCAAUACUAGUACUUUUGGACUGAAGCGGCCCCUAGCUCAGAUUUAAGUUUGACUAUUUUCAUAUCAAAAAUGCAAAUAUUUCUUGUUUCCCCAAGAAUUUUGUUCUAAUCCUGAUAGAUAAUAAUAAAAAGUAUCUCUGCUGGUUGCCUGGCAACCUCACAGUGAUGACAAGACUCCAGGAAGUCACUGUGCCCAGCCAAGGAAUAGUCCGGCACAUACACCCCAAUGUGUUGUUUUCACGCUUCAGUUUUUUUGUGAGGUGCUGGUUCGAUUUUGUUACCUUUGGACAGAACCACGUUUUCAGUCUUUAUGCUAAGCUAAGCUAACUCACUGUUGGCUGUAGCUUCAUACUUAAAGUAAAGACAUGAGACAUUUCCCAAAAUGUCGAACUAUUCCUUUAAAGAAGUGGGCAGUCUUUGGGAAAUCCUGUCACUAAACUAAUCAAAAAAUUUUUAGGCCAUUAUGAGCUGCCGCUUGUCCAAACUGUGAGCCUGGGGGCCAGCAUGUUGAGGUUAUAAUGGAAGGUUUUUGUAUUACUGUAGAACAUGUAAUGGUUGAAUAGAAACGCCUCUUCUGUUCUGUCAUGUCUCCGUAUCCUGUGGAGCUCACUGUGCUUUGCUUCCUUUGCCAUCCUGAUUCCUCCCUCUUGUCUAUUCGCUCCCUGAUGUUUUUUAUUCUACACAUACUGUAAAGAGUUUCUACCAUGUCUAAGUUGUGUACAGCUGUGCUUGAGUCUUAACAGUUGUUAUGGAAGGAACAGAGUCAGAUGCAGCACAGCCUGACAAAUCUGACAGACUGAAAAAAACUACUCUUUUUCCCAUAAUUCCUUGUAGUAAAAUCUUUUUUGGCAGCUGGAAAAGGGGCGCCCAUUCUGUUUCUUUCUCUUUUUCAGUCUUUCUCUGCGUUGAUCUGCUUCUCCUGCUGGGUUAUUAUUAUUGCUGCUGCUGCUCUGUGGCUGUUGUAAUAAAAAUACAAAAGAUCUUCAACAGGAAAAAUAACAACUAUGAUGUGAAAUAAUUUCAAUCAAAAAUAAAUUGUCUGUGAAUAUGUUUCA